AUGCUCGAGCUACUGUUCUCGGGCUAUCAUGAAUGGCUUAAAAUUGCAGACGCCGCUCUUCCGCGCAACAUCUUUGGAUAUCUCCUCCAGCUCUGCCUGGAACCACUUCGAACGGAUCCAUUUACAACCGCUCCAUAUGAUGAUCCCAAAGAAAUCGCAAAAUGUGGACAGGGUAAUGGCAGGAGAGGCUUCUUGAAAACAGUAUUACCAGAAAGAGAAGGACCACGACCCCAGCUGGCGAAAUGGAUCGCGCCACAUAGGCAGAUCUCUCAAUUGACCGAAAAUGACAUGCACAAACUUCUCAAACAAGCUAUUGAUGAGCUAGUUGUCCGGUAUUCUGCAAGUGUUACAGUGAAAACUUCCCUGCUGGAGAAGGAAGGCGAUGCUGUUUUCGUUCACGACAAUAUACCCAUUCCACACAGCAUAGCCAAGAGAGUUAAGAGGGAAAUUGUACAUGUCCAUACCGGUGUUGGUAGUGGUGACUAUUCGAUGCAUCUUUGCUUGAGUCCUGUGGAUUGCAAGGAGGUUAUUUUGAGGAAGUGGGGAGAAAGACUCACACUUGCUGGGUCGCUGAUGCCUCAUGAGUAUCUGAUGAUUUAUACCCCCAGAACGAUCGAGGAAGUUCGGACUGUGAAAGAAAUUGUGCAGGCUGCUAUUUUAUUUAUGACGGGUGUUUCUGCUUUAAAUAAAUGA